UCAGCAACCUUUAAUCGUGUUUGCUCGACCCCUCUGGCCACGGGCGGCUGGGGCCUCGCCUGCCCCCCUAGGACAAGGUUCGUGGCCGGGGCGCGCUGUGCUGGCUCAGCACAUACCAGGCACGGGGCAGUCGGUGCCUCCACGGAGCCACAGCGCGUCCCAGCCCCACGGCCAGCACCGGUGAUGGAGGCCGGCGAUGGGAAGGAGGAGACCCCGCUGCCCUCGGCGCUGAGCCGGUUUCAGCUCUCGGAGGAUUACGGCUUCCUGCUUCCCAACCCUCUGACAGAGCUGCCGGCUCCCUACGGCCCGUGGAUGGAGAUCGCCCGCGAGCUGCCCCAGCUGAUUGCGAGCCAUCAGCUCCGCUCACGUGUUCACCAGAUGCCUCAGCUGAGCACGCGGCACCUCCGAGGGCGCGAGGAGCUGUACUUGGCCCAUCUGGUGCUCAGCUUCAUCACCAUGGGCUACCUGUGGCAGGAGGGCGAGGAGGGCACCGUGAAGGUCCUGCCCCGCCACCUCGCCGUCCCCUUCUGGGAGGUCUCGCAGGCCCUCGGGCUCCCCCCCAUCCUCAGCCACGCAGACUUUGUCUUGGCCAACUGGAGGAGGAAGGACCCCAGCGGUCCUCUGGAAAUUGAGAACCUGGACACCAUCAUAUCGCUGCCCGGGGGAGAGAGCCUGAGGGGGUUCAUCCUCGUCACGUUCCUGGUGGAGAAGGCGGCCGUGCCUGGCAUUAAGGCGAUCCUUCAGGCCAUUCGUGCCAUCCGGCAGCUUGAGGAGGAGACCCUGCACCAAGCCCUGCAGGGGCUGGCGACGGCCAUCGGAGCCAUGGGCAAGGCUCUGCAGCGGAUGCAUGAUUAUGUGGAUCCAGCAGUGUUUUACGCCGUGAUCCGGAUCUUUCUCUCUGGCUGGAAGGACAACCCCGCGAUGCCGGACGGGCUGGUGUACGAAGGGGUCUCCGAGGAGCCCAUGGUGUACUCGGGAGGGAGCGCGGCACAGAGCACCGUCCUGCAUGCUUUUGAUGAGUUCUUGGGGAUUCACCACAGCCAGGAAAGCACCGCGUUCCUGCACAGGAUGAGGGACUACAUGCCCCCUCCCCACCGAGACUUCAUAGAGGAGAUCUGCCAGGCCCCCUCCCUGAAGCAGCACGUGCUCUGCUCCGGAGACACGCGGCUGCGUGCGGCAUUCAACCGCUGCGUCACCGCACUGGCGGACUUCAGGUCCUACCACAUCACCAUCGUCACCAAGUACAUCGCCGUGGCCAAAGCCAAGGCGGGGCGGGCGGAGGUGGGCGGCUGGGCUGGGAGGCCCCCGGCUGCACUGGAGGCCAAAGGGACCGGGGGGUCGCACAUCUUCAGCUUCCUGAAGAGCGUCAGGGACACCACCAGGGACGGGCUGAUAAGCGCCUGA